UCCAUACAUGUGUAUAAAAACGGCAUUUCCAUCGCAAUCGGCUCUUUUUCGUAACACAGAAGUUAGAUGUUCUUGCUUCAUAAUGCUGAGUCGCAGUGCAUCCAUUACGGAGUCCAUUACUAUUAGCUUUGUUCGAUUUAUUUUAAUACCCGUCCUAAGGCAUGGCUACGAUGGAGGCAGUAAUGGUUGAUGGCGUUGUUAAAGUUGAACCGGAAAAAGAAGACGACAUAAAUUUGUCUCUCGGAAAAAAUGUUUUUAUAAGCAAUGAUGUUUUGGUAACUGUGAAAGAAGAACGAGUGCAGCAACAAAACAAUUUGCCAAAUAUUCAAACUAUAAAAUGUGGCCUUUGUCGUUACGUGGCGGAUAAUGAAUCAAACUUUGAAAAACACCUUUUGGUGCACCGUCUUGCUAAAGCGUUUAAAUGUGACAUUUGCGAUUAUGCAUCACAUUAUAGACACAAAUUUCAAAGCCACCUGUUAACUCACAAGGUUUCCAAUUUUACGUGUAAGGUUUGUGAUUAUGAAACAAAUCAUAAAUACAAAUUUGAAAAACAUGUGUCGACACACCAGUGGAGUCGACCGGCAAACUUUAAAUGUGCUGUUUGUGAUUUUGCUACAAACAUUAAAGGUAGAUUGGAAUCACAUUCUCUAACGCAUAACCUUUCAAGAGACUUUAAAUGUAACAUUUGCAAUUUUGCCACAAACCGUCAAAGUACAUUGAAAGCACAUCAUCUGACGCAUAACGUCGCAAAAGAUUUUAAAUGUGACAUUUGUGAUUACGCGACACAUAUGAAAGUGAAUUUUAGAAGACAUCUCCAAACGCACAAGACGUCUAAAGAUUUGAAGUGUGCACAUUGUAAUUUUGCAACAAACUUUAAAAGUACUUUAAAAAUUCACCUCUUAACGCACAAAAUUUCUAAAGAUUUAUUUAGAUGUGCUCAUUGUAAGUUUGCCACAAACUGGAAACGUGCUUUGAAAAUUCAUCUCUUAAUGCAUUCCACAUCGUUUGAAAGCUCAUUGAAACAUCAUCCAACAUAUGUGCACGUUUCCAAAGAUCUUAAAUGUAACAUUUGCGAUUUUGUUACAAAUCGUCCAACUACAUUGAAACGGCAUCUUCUAAUACAUAAUCUUUCUAAGGAUUUCAAAUGUCACAAUUGUCCUUUUGAAACAAAUACAAAAAUGAAUUUGAAACAACAUCUCAGAAUGCACAAACCUUCCAAAGAUUUCAGGUGUGCACAUUGUAAUUUUGCUUCAAAAUAUAAACCUUCUUUAAAAAAACAUCUCGUACUACACAAGGUUUCAAAAGAUUUUAAAUGUACCAUUUGUGAUUAUCGAACGAAUAUUAAAUGGAAUUUCAGACAACACAAUCUCGUAAAACACACAUUGAAACAUUAUAAAAAUCUGAAAUGUUCAAGUUGUGACUAUGAAACAAAAAUUAAGCGAAAUUUUCAACACCAUCUCUUAAAACACAAAAUUUCUAAAGAUUUUAAAUGUGCCAGUUGCGAUUACGCAACGAAUGUUAAAGGGAAUCUCAAAUCGCACUUCGCGGCGAUGCACUCGCACGAUGCUUUAAACAGGUAUAAAUGUCACAUUUGCGAUUAUGCCUGCCACCUUAAGUCUGAUAUGCGAGAUCAUAUGUCGAAAUACCAUUCUACAGAAGUGUUUAAAUGCAGUUGCAAUUAUACGACAAGCAUUAAGUCUACUUUUCAGCAACAUCUCUCGACGCACAUUGUCUAAGAUCGCCGUGCCAUAAUCAAUUCUCUAGCGUUAGGUUACUACGUGUUUUUCUGAUUGGAACUCCUGUAACUUUACAGGGUGGCGCAUCUAAAGCUAUCACUCAUAAUUGUGGAACACUAAACAGGACCCAUAACCACUUAGUGUGUCCUUAGCAUACCCAAAUUUAAAACCUCCCGGGGGGCUAAUGAGCACACUUAUUAUCAGAUACACGGCAACACAUGCAAACCAUUUGUUGUUUCCUUUCCGUCACACAGCCACAAUUAGGUAUUAGAAUUAGAAUAAUUUAUUAACCACUGUAAGUAAACAAAAAAUUGUAUACAUUUAGUCUAGCAUUUAGUUUUGUCUUUGUUGUUAUGAUUUUUAAAUGUUUGUAGGUACUAUCAUUUUCUCCAUGUUUUCGGUGAUUUAAUUUUGUUUUAGAAAUGGUGUCUAAUUGAUCCGAAAUUAUAAUAAAACAACAACAAUUCGAA